CGCUAGAGGGAGAGAAAGUCACAGGUUCCUCUGCAGUUGGCAAAAACACACACAGUCACCCUCUCUCUCACACACACGCGCUCUCAGGGAGCAAAGCAGCGUCUCUCUGUCCACUCUCUCCUAGCGAGGAUUCCACUCCACAGCGUUCUAACAUUCCGGAGGCCCUGGGUUCUGGAGCUGGGUUCCGCUGCCCUGGUCCGGUCUGGAAACUUCUCUGAAGACUAACCCAGGACAAACCCAGGACUAACCCAGGACUAACCCAGUUGUAGACCAGGACCUUAAGAGGAGCAGCUGUCUGUCUGGAAGGAUCUGGGGCACGCAGACUUACUGACAAAGCAGGAUUGGAAGAGACUGGUUCAUCUGUUGACUGGCUGUCUGGAGGUCUGUUUCUGCCCCCAGUCAGACCCACCUCCGCCCCCUCUGAACCCAGGCUCUGGUGCUUGUUCCUGGGUCAACACUCCAGGGUUCAGCCCCUAUCUGGGUCUCCCCCGGGGGUCACACACACAGAGAGCGAGCUGGUGUGGAAUUUGACCCUGGCUGGCCAGCGAGCAGGCUUUCAGUGAUCCAGACAGAGAGAAGGAGGGAGGAGGAGGAGUGCAGAGCGGGAGAAGAAAGGAGGAAAGAGGAGAAGAGUCAGCAGGAGCAGUUUAACCGCCCCUGCAGCAUGCCCGUGGAGACCCUGCGGCCCCAUGACUCCCGUCUCCCCGGGGGUCCCUUCACCCCCGCCAUGUCCUUCCGCCUCCUCAACAAGGGCCCGGACUACUUCCGGCGGCACGUGGUCCCGGGCCCUCGGCUGAGCGCGGUGGAGCGUCUGGAGGCCGACAAGGCCAAGUACGUCAAGAGCCAGCAGGUGGCGCUCACAAGGCAGGCGCCCGUCAAGCCGCCAAUCAUCCGCAAGCCCCUCCUCUCCCCCGGGAUGAUGAUGCAGUGCCGCGUCAGCACGCCGCCCGCCAGGAGGUUUCCGAGGCGACCGGGGGACGCGGAGCAGGGGGGUGGGAUGGGGGAGGGGGGGGGAAGGAGGGGACCCCCUCUGAACCUGGAGAUUCUGAAUAACUUGAUCAAUAACGUGUGUGAGGCUCCACUGUCCUCCCCCUCCUCCCCCUCCUCCCCAGACCCCUCCUCCUCUUCCUCCGCCUCCCCCUCCUCCCCCUCCUCGGGGGCGAAGAGCAGCAGCAGCCUGUCAGCCGAGCAGGAGAGGAGUGGACACCACCCCGCCUCCUCCUGCACCUCCUCCUGCACCUCCUCCUCCCCCCUCCCCCCCCCCAGCCAGGCACCUCCAGAGCUUCCUGCCCGCUGCCCGCCCCCUGUCCCAGCCAGGGGCCUCCGCCCCGGGCCCCCUGCCCCCUACAGCGCCCCCAACACGGUCACGGUGCGCAGGGUGGACGUCCGACCCCAAGCUGAGGUGAGGAAACCACUGAGGCCUCCUCUUCUACCCAAACCCCAGCCCCAGCCUCAACACCAGCCCCAGCCUCAACACCAGCCCCAGCCUCAGCCCAAACACCAGCCCCUGAUCAAGCCUCGACAGAUAGCCCAGCCCCAGGCCCCGCCUCCCCCGCCGCCCCCCUCCCACCCCCCCAUCCAGGCCCCCCCUCCCUACCCGCCCCCCAGCCCCAGGCUGCCCCCGGCCUCCCCGGCCUUCACUCGCCUGUCUUCCAGCAGCUCCAGGGGCUCCCCCAAGCACCCCUCCCUGCACCGCUCCAAGUCAGACCUGAGUGACCGCUACUCUCGCGCCACCGCCGACCUGGAGCGCUUCUUCAACUACUGCGGUCUGGACCCCCGUGACCUGGACGGGGGCCAGGGGGGGCCCGGGGGCCGCCUCGCCAGGGCCGCCUCCGACAUCGUCUCCGUCUCCAAGAUGCGCAGCGUGUCCACGCCCAGCUCAGAGUACGGGGAGCGCCGGCGGGAGGAGGAGGGGGAGGAGGGGGAGGGGGAGGAGGAGGGAAUGCCCAGGGCCAGCGAGCGCGUGCCGUAUGGGAUAUCGGUGAUCGAGAGGAACGCUCGCGUCAUCAAGUGGCUGUACGGCAUCAGGCAGGCACGGGACUCCGCCCCCGAGACCAGAGACUCCGCCCCCCUGGUUAGGGACUCCGCCCCCCUGGUUAGGGACUCCGCCCCCCUGGUUAGGGACUCCGCCCCCCUGGUUAGGGACUCCGCCCCCCUGGCUAGGGACUGUACAGGUAUCUCCAAUGUUUAGCAGCCAUUGGCUCACCUCCUCGCCCCCCAUAAGGGCGGGAAUAAUGACACUCAGAGGGACAAAGGGGGAGGGACUAGGUUGCAAGCCACAGCCCCUCCGUCUGGAGAAUCAUAUUUAUUGUUCGAUCUUCGAAGGCCAUUUGAAGGGGUCUAUGUUUUUGUAGUUUUUUUUUUUCUCUGUGUGCUAGAAUGUGUUUGGUUCAUGACUGGCUGCAGGUCAGAGACUGCUUCCACACACACUCAGAAGGCACUCUGGUCAGGAGGAGGAAGUUACAUCAUCUGGGCUGCAGGUCAGAGACCUUCCCUCUUGGACAAGAGGAAGUGGCAUCAGGAGGGUCCUUCCUCCUUUGUAAAGACUAGAAGAGAUAUACAGAUCUACAGAUAUACAGAUCUACAAAUCUAUAUAACAGUAACAAGCAAUAAUGUGGAGGAUGAUGAUGAUCAGGAGGAGGUGGAUGUUGACAGGUACUGUGUGCGUGCGUGCGUGUGUGCAUGCGUGCGCGUGUGUGCGUGCAUGUGUGGAGCUGGGUUCAUCUCUGUCAGUGUAGAGAUAAAGAGGCAAUAAAGACUUGUGUAGAGAAAUCUUCUCUGAUCUCUUUGUGUGCACAUGUGUAACUUGAGAGCAAAGCUAAUCACGAUACUGCGAGAUAUCUAAAAGCUUCAAUGAAACGUGUUUGUAUUUUCUAACCUUGGCUGGAAGACUGUUGAUAGUGUUGCUGUCUGUCUGCAUGGCUGGAAGACGGAUGUUGAUAGUAGAGAUGCAUCGAUGCCGAUAGCAGUAUCAGUAUCGGGCCCGAUACCAAGCUCAUACCCCCGAUACCAAAGACCGAUACCUGACAUUUUAUUAUUUUUUAUGACAAUGGUAAUUAUUCCCUUUGAAGGUUAUUGGACACUGAAAUGGACACUGAAGUUUGUGAUAAGCACAUAAAAAUAAUACUUUGUUCACUCAAGUAAUAAUAAAGAAGCUGUCCUAUAUUCAUUAGUCUCACUGUGUUGUGCUUGGAAAACUGCCACAUUACCCCCCCCCAAAAAAAUGUUUUAUCUCUAAGUACUAAGAAAAACAAAUAUUGAUACUCUUACUCGGUCCUUAAAAAAUGGUAUCGGUGCAUCCCUAGUUGAUAGUGUUGCUGUCUGUGCAUGUGAAAGCUAACAAGCUAACUGACCUAGUGAGACAGACACAUUGCUGUCAGGAAAACAACACAACCAUUCACUCCAGUCAUUCUGACUGUAACACACACACUCAGCUAUGUGAGGUAUGAGUAUAGGAGAUGUGUGUGUGUGUGUGUGGCUGACUGUAGAUGGGAGUUGUGUGUGUGAGAGGGGGAGUUGGUCAGGUGGUACUGGUACAAAGUGUGCAGCCAGUCUGACUGACUUGACCAGUUCUGCAUAGUCAGUCUGACUGACUUGACACAGGAGAGAGAGAGAUGGAGGGAUGGGGAAGUGGAUGGAGAGAGGGAGAGAGGGAGAGGAAGCAGAAACUGAUGUUUAUUUAGUGGACUUCCUGUUUGUCUGGCAGAAGACAGGAAGGGCUAACCCUCCAGGUUUGCAUGAAGCAGCUGUGAGGAGUGGGCGGCCAUGUUGGCUCCUGCUGCUCUGGGAGGUCUGGGAGAGGAACUGGAGGUGCUGCAAGGUGGAG